UUCUUUCAAACAUGAGUUGUGCUUGUCCUCCUCCUUCUCCUCCUCCUCUUGUUAUUAAGUCCGGUGAGUCUUAUAAACUCCGUCUGGUAGCCCCAUCAGGUGAAACGCCAUGGCAAUUCGCUGGGGAAUUUGCAGUGCUGGGAAAAUCAGCCAUGAUUUUACCGUGGCAUUGAGAACGCUGCCUUCCGAAGACCACCAGGUGGUGGCAGUGGCAGCACGAGACCUGAAGAAUGCCCAAGAGUUUGCCGAGAAGCAUGGCAUCCUUCGAGCCUACGCAAGUUACGAGGAGCUUGCCAAAGACUCAGAGAUAGAUGUAGUUUAUAUUGGCACUAUCCACCCUUACCACCUGAAAGCUGGUCUGCUUUUCAUGAACUGUGGGAAGCCGGUGCUUAUUGAAAAACCACUUGCCAUGAAUGCAAAAGAAGUGAAGGAGCUGGUGGCAGCAGCCAAGAAAAACAAUGUGUUUAUGAUGGAGGCGCUGUGGACUCGCUUCUUCCCUGUAUCGGCGGCGCUCAGGCGUUCCCUGGCUCAGGAUGAAGUGGGGGAGGUCAUGAUGGUGCGGGCUGACCUCGGUGCCCCUCUCUCACAUAUCCCUCGUAUGGCAGAGAGAGACCUGGGAGGGGGGGCCUUGCUAGACAUUGGGGUUUACUGUCUGCAGUUUGUGUUAAUGGUGUACAAUGGGGAGAGGCCUGAGUCCAUCCAAGCCACGGGUUAUAAACUGGACACAGGUGUCGAUGGGCAUGCAGUUGUUGUUCUGAAGUUUUCCCGCAACAGAAUGGCUGUGUGCACAUGUUCCAUGACAAUGAUGCUGACCAAUGAUGCUGUCAUAGUUGGCAGCAAAGGAAUGAUUAAGGUACCAGACCAUAUGUGGUGCCCCAUAAAUUUGGACGUGAAUGGGAAGGUGAGUCAGCACCCCCUGCCCGAGCCCCCCAUGCCUCUCAACUUCACUCACAGCGCGGGACUCCGCUACGAAGCCCAGGAGGUCCGUGAGUGCCUGCUCAAAGGCCUGAAGGAGAGCCCAGUAAUGUCCCUGUCUGAUUCUACCCUUCUGGCUGAGCUGUUGGAUGAGGCCAGAAAACAAGUUGGUGUGACAUACAACCAGGACAAGUGAGGAUUACUAAGGAUCAUUCAGACCUGUUCCCCUACAUUUUCUCAAUAAAGCUUUGAUUUUUUUUCUUC